GCCGGGCCGCCCCUGCAAAGGACACCGCGGAGCGGGCCGUCUGCUCGCCGGGCCGAGAGCGGCUGGGCUGGAAGCCCGCGGGCGGGGGCUGCUUGCUCCGCUCCGCACCGGGUCGGGGAGUCCAGGGAGAAGCGGCGUCUCUGCCCCGAGCUGUCCUCCCCGGAAGUGAAGAGCAGCAGGGCGAAUGAACGUAGUGUGCCGAUUGCCCUGCAAGAGAGAGCAGCGCUGGGACGAGCCAGGAUCCUCCUCCAGGUGCUGCUGCGCUGCCCAGCCUGACGCUGGUGGCGUCGCCAUGUCAAUGACGGUGAAUCUGACCGGCCCGGCCCCCUGGGGCUUCCGAAUCAUGGGAGGAAGGGACUUCAGGAAGCCCAUCACUGUGUCCAAGGUGAUGGAGCAUGGGAAGGCAGCUGCAGGGGACCUCCGACCUGGUGACAUCAUCGUCUCCAUCAAUGGCGACAGCACGGCCGACAUGCUCAAUGUGGAGGCGCAGAACAAGAUCAAGCAGAGCUCCGGCCGGCUCCAGCUUCAAGUGGACAGGUCCCAGUUGUUCUCUCCCGGACAGACCAACGGUGAGAGCUCCCCAGAGAUGUUGGCCAUGCGGUUCCAGGAUGUCGUACGAACCAGGGAUGACAGCCAGGGCUCGGUGAGGUCCUCCUACUCCAGCCCGGCGUCCCUUAGCCCCCGGCCUGGCAGCCCCUUCUCAUCCUCGUCACCCGGGUACCGGCCCGGCAGCCCCUAUAGCCCCCAGAGGCCCAGCCUGCCCUCCGAGGGCAGAGGGGAGAUGGUGGCGUGCAGCCGCAGCUUCCAGUCUCUGGCCAGUUCUCCCAGUGUCUUUGAGGAUCGCUCCCCCUCACCGCACGGGCAUCAGCGUCCAGGCAGCAGACAGGAGCGAGGCAGCUUGUGCCACCCGAGCAACUCUCCAGUUGCAGCUCUGCCUCUGAUCAACCGCACACCAUCCCCUCUCGGCCCCUGGGAGAUGGGGAGGGCCCCGGGCAGGGCCUCGCCCUCGUACAGCCCCCGCAACAGCCUGGACUCGGAGCUGGCCAUGCGGCGCUUGGAGGAGGACUCCGAGGUCUACAAAAUGAUGCAGGAGAACCGUGAGAUCCGGGCCGCUCCGCGGCAAUCCAACACCUUUCGCCUGCUCCAGGUGGCUCUGGAGACUGAUGGGGGAGCGGGCACCACAACCCCCUUUCCCAGCAAGUUGUCCCCCAGCACCCACAAGCCAGUCACCAGCUCCGUGGCCGGGGUUCAGAAGCUGCACACAUGUGAGAAGUGCGGCACCGGCAUCACGACCCAGGCGGUGAGAAUCCAGGAGAGCCGGUACCGCCACCCCUCCUGCUACAUCUGUGCCGACUGUGGCCUCAACCUCAAGAUGCGAGGCCACUUCUGGGUGGGCGAGGAGCUGUACUGCGAGAAGCACGCCCGCCAGCGCUACCAGGGCCUUGGGGAGGGCGCCGCCGCUGCCACGGCCAUCUCCUCCAAGUCCUGAGCUGCACCCGAGAGCAUGGGGCCUGGGGCUCCCUGGCUCUGCCUGCGCGUCCCCCCCACCCCGCCCGGGGCUUCUGCCAAGCA